CCAAUACCUUCGACAGAGGGUACCGAUCCUUUUGAAAUGAUCUGUGAUGAUGCCCAAAUUGCAGAGUGGAAUAACCAAGGGUUACCUAGUGAUCGUAUGUCUGCGGAGAAUGCUGCUAUUUUGGUUCAAUCCCAACGCUAUCCGUUAAUGAUCGAUCCUCAGCUACAAGGCAUAAAAUGGGUGAAAGCAAAAUAUGGUCCAGGUCUUGUGGUGUUGCGUCUUACACAACGCGGAUAUCUUGACUUUGUAGAACGGGCUGUUAGCAAUGGAAACGUACUUUUGAUAGAGAACAUUGGGGAGAACGUUGACGCUGUACUAAAUCCAUUGCUUGGUCGCAUGCUGAUCAAAAAAGGAACUAUUUUGAAGAUCGGCGACCGUGAGAUUGACUUCAAUCCCAACUUUCGUUUGAUUUUGCAUACAAAAUUAGCUAAUCCGCACUAUAAGCCUGAAAUGCAAGCACAAACUACACUUAUUAAUUUUACAGUAACACGUGACGGCUUAGAGGAUCAGUUAUUGGCUGAGGUAGUCAAGGUUGAAAGACCUGACUUAGAAGCUAUGCGUACACGUCUUACGCAGCAACAAAAUCAUUUUAAAAUUACAUUAAAGCUUUUGGAAGAUGAUCUAUUAGCGCGAUUGUCCUCUGCUGGGGAUAAUGUUCUUGAAGAUAUAACCUUAGUUAUGAACCUCGAAAAAACGAAGAAAACAGCCGACGAAAUUGAAGUAAAGGUAGCCGAGGCCAAAAUUACAGGUGUUCAAAUUGACUCUGCCCGAGAAGCAUACAGACAUGCCGCCGAGCGAGCCUCUAUUAUAUAUUUCAUACUAAAUGAUUUAUUCAAGAUAAAUCCAAUAUAUCAGUUCUCAUUAAAAGCUUUUACAGUAGUAUUUAAUAACGCAAUGCUUAAUUCUACGCCAGCUGAAAAACUCAAGGAACGCGUUGAAAAUCUAAUGGAAUCAAUUACAUACAGCAGCUAUAUUUACACUUCUCGAGGGCUUUUUGAGCAGGACAAACUAAUUUUUCUUACUCAAAUGUGCCUUCAAAUAUUAGUAAAUAUUGGCGAAGUGGAUCCUACUGAACUAGAUUUUCUUCUCCGAUUCCCGUAUAUGCCCAAUCAAACCUCAAAUUUUCCGUGGCUGACUCAUGUUGGAUGGGGAGGCAUUCGUGCAUUAAAUAAUUUGCCAGCGUUUAAAGGGUUAGAAAAAGAUAUCGAAGGAUCGCAUAAGAGGUGGAUGAAAUUUAUUGAUUCGGAGAGCCCCGAGAAUGAGAAAUUACCUGGUGAAUGGAAAGCAAAGUCGGCAAUUCAGAGGCUCUGCAUAAUGCGGUGCAUACGACCCGAUCGCAUGUCUUAUGCAAUGAAAGGUUUUAUUGACGAAAAAUUAGGAUCCAAGUAUAUUGAUGCACGGUCUAUAGAAUUUUCUAAAACCUUUAAGGAGUCAAGCCCAGAAACUCAUAUCUUCUUUGUUUUAUCACCAGGUGUUGACCCACUUAAAGAUGUAGAAAAAAUUGGCAAGGUGUUAGGCUAUAGUUUUGAUCAUGAAAACUUUCAUAGUGUUUCGUUAGGUCAGGGACAGGAAAUUAUUGCUGAAAAAGCUAUUGAGACAGCUUCACAACAAGGGCAUUGGGUCAUUCUGCAAAAUAUUCACCUAGUUGCACGCUGGCUGUCUAGUCUUGAAAAGAAAAUGGAAGCUUCUCUUAUUAACGUGAAUUCAAAGUACAGACUUUUUCUAAGUGCUGAACCGGCAGGUGACCCUCUGAUGCACAUUUUACCGCAGGGAAUACUGGAGUCUGCUAUUAAAAUUACCAACGAACCGCCGACAGGUAUGAUGGCUAACAUACACAAGGCCCUCGACAAUUUUAGUGAUGAGACACUUGAGAUGUGCUCUAAGGAAACGGAGUUUAAAGCUAUUCUUUUCUCUCUAUGUUACUUCCAUGCCGUCGUGGCUGAACGUCGCAAAUUUGGGCCACAAGGCUGGAAUCGAUCCUAUCCAUUUAAUGUGGGUGAUCUUACAAUUUCAGUAUAUGUUUUAUUUAAUUACUUGGAGGCUAACACUCGUGUCCCUUGGGAAGAUUUACGUUAUUUGUUCGGAGAAAUCAUGUACGGUGGCCACAUCACAGAUGACUGGGAUCGUCGAUUGUGCCGCACCUAUCUUGAGGAAUUUAUGCAGCCAGAGCUCAUCGAUGGCGAUUUAGAGUUCUGCCCCGGUUUUCCUGCCCCAGGAAUUCUUAAAUAUGCUGGAUAUCAUCAGUAUAUCGAUGAAAAUUUGCCAUUGGAGAGUCCUUCCCUAUAUGGAUUAAAUUUAAAUGCUGAAAUUGGAUUUCUUACAACAGUUUCCGAAAGACUAUUCAGAAUUGUAUUUGAACUACAGCCGCGAAUGUCAAGUGGUUCAGCCGGAGGGGGUGAAUCUGUCUCACAAGAGGAUAUUAUAAAGGGUGUUAUUGAAGAUUUGCUCGAUAAAGUCCCCACACCUUUUAAUAUUGCAGAGCUCAUGGGACGUGUGGAGGAUCGUAAUCCAUAUAUUAUAGUUGCUUUCCAAGAAUGCGAGCGGAUGAAUAUUCUUAUGUCCGAGCUUAGACGAUCACUUAACGAAUUAGAUUUGGGUCUAAAGGGAGAACUCACAAUAUCAUCUGUCAUGGAGGAUCUUAUGUUAUGCCUCUAUAUGGAUCAAGUGCCUGAGCAGUGGACCAAGCUUGCCUAUCCAAGCUUGUUAGGCCUGCAGUCGUGGUUUGGGGACCUAAUGCAACGUCUUCGUGAGUUAGAAAGUUGGGUUUCUGAUUUUCGAUUGCCAUCAUCCAUUUGGCUUGCUGGCUUCUUCAAUCCCCAAUCAUUACUAACUGCAAUUAUGCAGCAGACAGCACGUAAAAAUGAGUGGCCACUUGACCGAAUGUGUCUUAAUUGCGACGUCACAAAGAAAUUCAAAGAGGAAUUCACUUCUGCACCUCGCGAGGGAGCCUAUGUAAAUGGCUUAUUUAUGGAAGGUGCACGAUGGGAUAUGAAACUGAGCACAAUAACAGAUGCACUUAACAAAGAGUUGUUUCCUGCAAUGCCUGUUAUUUAUAUUAAGGCGGUUACACAGGACAAACAAGAUACAAAGAAUAUAUAUGAAUGUCCAGUAUACAAAAUUAGCCCGCUCCUCGAGGUCCUCAAGGAAUCUAAGGGGGCCGGAUCGGCCAUUAUACCUCAUACCCCACUUCCGGAACGUUUGAAAGUGGCCUAG